AUGGAACCAAAAAUCGAAGUACAAACGCAACAGCCCAUUUUACCGCAUACAAACGGAAAACUACCCAAAGAAAUAAAAAAAUUAAUGCGAAAUAACAACCCACCUAGUGACGACAGUGAUUUAGAUGUUUCAUUAACCCCUAGUGAUAGUGAUAGUACCACAUUAACAAUAUUAAAAGACAUAGUUAAUGUACCCCCAGAUGAAAAUGAUAUUAACGGCGGUUUAUAUCAACAUUACUUCAUAAACCACAUGAACAACUUACCGUCGCGCACGGUAGGAAAUUCAUUUGGUCGCCGCUUAUCCCAGUGCCGCGAGGAAGAUGAAGAUGACGACAGAAAGGAGCAAAAAGACCAGAAGACGUCGACGUCGGAAGUGUCCUUAAUUUCGGGCAGUGAUAAAAGUUUGUCGGGAUCGUCGUCUAGCGGUUCGAAAAGCUCGGUGAUCGAUACAAUUACCGGACCUAGACACAAAUUCGUGAUAACAAAGACGAAACAGCCUUCGGAAGCGGCGAAGAUCUUCGCCAGAAGAAAGGAGUAUCGACAGUCGAAUACCGUGCACGGGGAUGAUUUUAAGCGUCCUUCUAUUUAUUCUAUGUUUAAUAGAACUUCACCCUUACAAAGUCCGCAUUAUGAUCGGAAGUUCUUCGACUCGUCGCUCAUCGAGAUGAAAAGUCCCACGUCGAGCACGUCAACUUUGGAUUGCGGGAGUACUGAAGACAUUUGGGUUCGGCGAGGAUCAGAACUUGGAUCUCAACCCCUACCUGUUAUUUCCGGGGAUGAUUUGGAACAGCACACACUUACCAGGCCUCGCUCCGGCACUUGGGGCUCAAAAUCGGAUAGCAAGAAGGAGAAAGAGUCCGGCAAGAAAAAGGAACACAAGUCGAAAGCGGACUCGAAAAAAGAAAUGAAUGCGAGCCGCAGUGGAUCCGCUUCUAGAUCUAACUCGGCCGAACGUAGAAAGUCGGAGGAUUUGCAAAGUCCGAAGAAGGCUGGGAUGUUGGAUGCUUUCCGCUCUCGAUCGCAUUCUGAUGCGGCCAAAAAGAAAUCAAGUAUGCUGAUGGCUACUAUGCGAAAUGCUAUGGUGCAUACUGGCUUAAUGCAUGCUAGACCUAAAACGCCUAGAGACGGAUCCGCUCAUCCGGUUAGAGAUGAUGGAAGUUCGCAUACCCAGUAUUACCACACCGUUACUGCCGCAUCUACCAGUCGAAGUCCUAUGACUAAAGUGAUGGAUAUAUUUAGGAACCGUUCGCAUGCGAGUGUUCCUCCAGAAGACAGACGAAAGCAACCUGCCGUAAUACAUGCUAAACCUAAAACGCCCAAAGACGGAUCAGCGCAUCCAGUUAGAGAGGGAAGAUCGCAUACGCAGUAUUACCACACCGUUACAGCCGCCUCGACCAGCCGAAGUCCUAUGACUAAAGUAAUGGACAUAUUUAGAAACCGUUCCCACGUGAGCGUUCCUCCAGAAGACAGACGAAAGCGAGCCAUCCAGCAACAACAAUUGUCGCAAGGGGCCCACUUACGCCGCAAACCUUUGGAUGCCGAUCGCAGGCGGCAAUCUUUGGGAACCAUUAUACCUCAUCGAGCUUCCGAUGCCUUUUUAGAUCCAAAUCAUGCAGCUAUACUAUUUCGAGAUUCAAGAGGGCUUCCUGUUGUUGACCCCUUCCUGGAGAAGGUGAAUAUAUCUGAUUUAGAAGAAGACGAGUCUCAAAUAUUUGUCAAAUUCUUCAAGUUCCACAAAUGUUACGACCUUAUUCCGACAUCUGCCAAACUUGUGGUUUUUGAUACACAACUUCUUGUCAAGAAGGCAUUUUUUGCGUUAGUCUAUAAUGGUGUGAGAGCAGCUCCACUAUGGGAUAGCUUGCAACAGGAAUUUGUCGGUAUGCUCACUAUAACCGACUUCAUAAAGAUAUUAAGGAUGUAUUAUACCUCCCCGAAUGUCACGAUGGAAGAGUUGGAAGAACACAAGUUAGAUACCUGGAGACAAGUCCUGAAAGAUCACCGAUCUUUAGUUAGUAUAGGCCCCGAUUCCUCACUAUAUGAUGCCAUUAAAACCCUUAUACAUAAUCGCAUUCAUCGGCUGCCUGUGAUCGAUCCCGAUACUGGGAAUGUUUUGUAUAUACUUACACACAAGAGAAUUUUACGAUUUUUGUUUUUAUACAUUAAUGAGUUACCAAAACCUAGCUACAUGAAUAAAACAUUACGAGAAACUAGAAUUGGAACAUACGAUGAUAUCGAAAUAGCUUAUGAAGACACUUCAAUUAUUGUUGCACUGAAGAAAUUUGUGGAGCGAAGAGUGUCCGCUUUGCCUUUAGUAGACUCACAGGGACGUCUUGUCGAUAUUUAUGCUAAGUUUGAUGUAAUUAAUUUGGCUGCUGAAAAAACUUACAAUGACCUGGAUGUAUCUCUUAAAAAAGCUAACGAACAUAGAAAUGAAUGGUUCGAAGGUGUACAUAAAUGUAAAUUGGAUGAAACACUUUUUACUAUAAUGGAGCGUAUUGUAAGAGCUGAGGUGCACAGACUAGUUGUUGUGGAUGAGAACGACAUGGUUAUCGGUAUGAUAUCCUUAUCCGAUUUGCUGCUGUAUCUAGUAUUGCGACCUUGCGGUGAGCAAACUGAAGGCGUCGCUUCGGUACGAGCGCAGGAUAUGAAACUUUACGACAGCGCCUCGCAAAGUAGCUUAGAGUCGACCACUUCGAACUUACUUAACGAAGAAGUUUCGCAAACGAUCCUGGAGGAGGAGGAGCACGGGGAAACGAAUUUAGAGGACAAGUUCGCAAAGGAUCCUACAGAUUCGGAUGAUGCCGAUAGCGGUACAGAUUUCAAUAGGAGCCUAGACGAAAGUAUCGACAGGAAAUCCGGCAACAGUCUGCUCGAUUCUCCGGUCAUAGAAAAAGCGUCUAUACACAGUGACGGCAUCUUUCGGGAGGUCGCCGUAACUGGAGGCGAAUAGAUAAAUUAUGGAAAAAAAAUUAUUAGUGAUUACAAAAAUGCGGGUCCUUCGAUGAAUUUUUAAAUUCGGCCGGAAUCGUUGUCAGUUUAUUCAUCUUGUAGAAAGGCGGAGUGAAAAUAGACGGGAAUAUGAUAUUUUCUACCUUGUACUUAAUUGUUAAGAUUUAUAAUACCAAAGACUGUUAGAUCGAUUUGUUUUUAAAUCGGCUUCUUUGCAAGGGGAACAUUCUGGCCGAAUUUAAGUGCCAAUGUGCUUAUUUAUUUAUGUAACAUAUUAACAUCGUAACCCACCACUGUUCUCAUUAGAAUUUUAUUCAUGCUAUAAUGUAUAUUCGUGUAUAUUAUUGAAGAUGAUAACUAAUAUGAACGUGCUUUUUAUAAUUCUUUUUACAAAGUGUCAUCUUGAACUUGGGGGAUUUGUGGACGUUAUCGAAGUAAUAAAGAGAGCUGCACAUUUACCAAUAGUGGCCUAUAAUUAUUGUUUAAUAUAGUGUUUCUUGCGCUAGUUUUAAGUACAAAGAUAUAUUAAUAAGAGUUUAUCAACAAUCGCUCCACAAAAUCUCUCCCAUCUAUAAAAUCUCAAGAAUUGAAACAACGGCGCGCCCUGUGUAUACACGGUACGAAAGAAGCAUUGAUGUCUAAUUUCUGUAGCAAACAAUUUGGUAUUUUCUUACAUGUGUAACGAUAACUAUAUUUGCUUAAUAAAUACAAAUUUCAAUAUGAAAGUAAUUUGAAAAUAUUUUGUUUCCAUAUCUAAUAUUAGUGGACAGACUGUUUGUUACCUAUCUUUAGAAAAUAGAAAUGAUUUUGUAUAAAUCUAGAAGUAAUAUACAAAAUUCCUUAUUA